AGCUCUUGGGGUCAGCAUUUGGUUGAAAUUGAGUGAAAUUAUGAGUAACCCACCCCUUCACCUAACAAUUCCCCCUCCUUCCUGCCUCACAUCUCCUCUCUAUUGACUCGCUCUCCUGCAUCAGACUGGAGACCCCGUUGAGAGGAUCUUUUCUCUCUAUAAAGAGAAGAUGCAGCUCAGGCGUCUUUGAGAUGAUCGUAAGGAUUUACUGUGCGCCUCUCUGUCUCUAACUUCAGACGGGCAUCCUCGGCUGCUUCAACGCCAAAUUACCUGGACUGCUAGCACACUAAAACUAUUUACCUCGUGGACUGAGGGACCUUUGAAUGACGCGGGAUUUUCUGGUCUACUCUGUCAGAUUGUCUGAGUUAUCCGAGACCCGAAUGUGAGCAUCUUUUUCUUCUGCGCUCCGAGCUGUAGCUGAGACUUUGUGCGUCGUAGUCUCUCGGCGCAGUUUGUGUUGCAGGUGCGUGGAGAAGGAGCGCGAGGACAGAUGGCUGCGCUGGCGAUACAAAGGACUGACAACUUUUUGCACACCUUUUUACAGGACCGGACGCCCAGCUCCUCUCCAGAGGGAGCACCCAGCGCCCUCUCCUUCCUGGCCACCACCUGUAGCCAGGCCUGGCAGGUGGGAGGCACUAUGGGCUCAGAAGGCUCCCAGUUCCCCUAUGAAAGCUCCGUCAGCUCCACAUCAGGAAUGUUUCAACUCUGGAGCAACGACAUGGCACCCAGCACAGCCCUCAGCACACACCAGAUGACCUUCACGGUGCCCAAGGUGCAGUUCCCCGGACACAUGCAGCCUGGUCUGGGUCACCAUCAUCAUCACACCCAUCAUCACCACCACCAUGAGUUGCCUCUCACCCCCCCGGCUGAACCUCCCCCUUCCUACUCCUUCGAACUCUCCCCUGUCAAAGUGCUGUCCUCGCAGCCACAGGCCACCGGCCCCUAUUACCCUCAGCACAACGGUGUGGGACAAAACUUCCCCAGCUUCCUCCAGAACUCCUCAGCCAGGCAUCACUUGCCUGGAGGCCAUGUGGACGAAGGGCAGCAAUGGUGGAGCCUUCCCCAAACCAACGCCACCCCAACCAACCAUCCCUUCUCCUUAGGCAGACAGCUGGUUUUGGGCCACCAGCCCCAGAUAGCUGCUCUUCUCCAAGGCACCUCCAAGGGCCUGCUGAGCUCCACACGCCGCUGCCGCCGCUGCAAAUGCCCCAACUGCCAGGCCAAUGGCGGGGGGUUAGAGUUCGGAAAGAAGAGACUGCACAUCUGCCACAUCCCAGAGUGUGGCAAAGUGUACAAGAAGACCUCUCACCUCAAGGCACAUCUGCGCUGGCAUGCCGGGGAGAGACCCUUCAUCUGUAAUUGGCUUUUCUGCGGUAAAAGCUUCACCCGUUCAGACGAGCUACAGCGGCACCUCCGCACACACACCGGAGAGAAGCGCUUUGGAUGCCAGCAGUGCGGCAAGAGGUUCAUGAGGAGUGACCACCUCUCCAAACAUGUCAAGACCCACCAGACCAGGAAGAGCCGGUCUGGGCAGCCAUCACAGAGCACGGACCCUCUGCUCACUAAUAUCAAGAGAGAGUAAUCUCUGUGGUACGUCAAUUAGAAAUAAUAAUCAACAAUGAACAGACUGUGUGACUUACACUUACUGCCAUAGGUUUGCACUAGAGGGUGAGCAUCAAGCUCCCCGAACAUCUUCUGUUGUCAAAGCCCUACUUUUGACUUCAAGUAGUACCAUAUAAAUAUAUAUAGAGACAAUUUUAAGUAAUUGUGUGCUGUUUCAGGCAAGGCACCUUUAAAGACAGCUUGAAACUUUUUCAGUGAUAUUGUGAGACAAAACAAAGAGAAACAAAACUAGUUUUAUGCCUUUAACAAUUUCAGAUUUGUUUAAAUUUAGCCUAAUGUGAAAAUCUAAAUUUUGUCAAUGUUCAUUUUGUAAAUAUUUCGUGAAGGACGUUGCCGACAUGAGCAAAAUUCUGCAAGGUUUACCUUAAUAUGUCCAUAUUAUCAUGUUCAGAAUAAAUGUAUGCCUUAGUACAGCUGAAGGUUGCUGU